GACAUCUACCUCCAUAGUACCAAGCCAUUGAAGGCAGUCCAUGGAGCCAAUAUGGUCUCCAAGAUGCCACUGCCUCCCAUUAGAGCCAGAGUCACUGUGCCAAACAAUGAUGCUAAGAAGAAGCCAUUCCAGCCAGUCAGACCAGAGGGCAGCCCUCGUCCUGCUGCUUCAAAGUACAGAAGGCAGGUUGUGAAGAAACACGUUCAGUUCAAGACUCAGACCCUAACUGUACAGGAUCUACCGCCGUGCCCCGAUGAGAUGGUAUGGGACGUCUUUAACUCAGAGGCUGAGCAGGUGAUGGCAUAUAUGAAGGCCAAGCUGAUCAGUGUCACCCAAGAAUUGAAACUGAUUAAGAGUGGGGCCAAGAUGGAUGCUCAGGCUUUGGAGGAGAAACACGCAAAGGAACAGUUCAGAAAAAAGGUGGAGAAGUUCAUCCAGGAGAUCUGCCUGAUGAAGGUGGAUUCUGACCUAUGGGAGAUGAUAAGAGACAACGAAGAAGAGGAAGAAAGGAUUGAAGAGGUGAGGAGAAAUGGAGAAGAAAGCAGUGUGGCAAGUAAGCCAAAGGAGACAGCCACGAGAUACACUGUUAGCAAGCCAAAGGAAGUCAAGAAGGGUUUGAACAUGGAAGAGAAAAAGGAGGACAGACAGGUGGUGUUGAAACGUCGAUUUGGGAUGAGUGCAGCCAACUCCAAGCUGAAGCAGUGUGAGCACUGCGGCCGGUGCUUUGAUCCUAGUCGCCUGGAGAAACACAGCGAGAUCUGUGCCAAGCUCUCCUCCAAGAACUCUAGACGAGGGGUCUAUGACUCCACCAAGCACCGUCUCAAAGGCACUGUACUGGCUGGCUACGUGAAGCGAUCCGUGGUGUGAUGCACCAAGGGACCUGAGUCUGUCACUCUUUUGUAUUUUGGAUUGAACAGACAGACAUACAGUGACUGAUAAACCACCUGCUGCCCAAAUGAGGACUUCUACCUUGGAAUCUGUGAGGGUUCCAAUAAGAGGCAGUACUACUAGGAGGCAGUAUUUUAUCCAGAAACAUCUAAACCAACAGUGUUCAGCAGUUCCUCAAAUCUACAGAAACACCUGUAUAAAACACCUCAAUAAAAUCAAAUCCCAAUACUCAUCUAAUGUCUGGCUUUCAUUUCGAGGAAUGUUUCUUAACUUAAUUAAACUCCACAUUUUCAAUGUUUUACUCAUCAUAGGAUGUAAUAACACCAGUAGAAUCAUGCAAAUCAAUUCAGAUUUUAUUGGUCACAUAUUUAGCAGAUGUUGUUGUGGGUGUAGCGAAACGUUUAAGUAAAAAAAACUGUGUGAAAUAAUACAUGUGCACUUCUAACUAAGUCAUACUUCAUUCCUUAAAUCAUUCUGAAUUGAGUGAGAUUAGUGGACAUAACAUAAGGUUAUGAUUUCCUAGUGGAUGUGUUAUACAUUUUGAUCUGUAACUGAAUAAAAACAUUUUUUUAUAUAUUUUUUUUUAGAAAGUGGGAUAUCCUAGUGGUCUGUCCUUCUGACCUCCCCACUAUCCCACCACACCCUCCCCAAUUACUUGUCUCUCUGAGAUCUCAUUACUAUCCCUGCUCCUUGUCAUUGUCAAUCUGGGCUCUUGGGGCAUAACAGUGUCCCAUUAUUUACCCCAAGAGUUUCUGGGUUCUGCCUGUCAAUCAAGUAUAAUGUGACUUCCUGAACCUCUGUGGCUUAGGCCACAUGCUAGGAAUAUUUACUGCUGUAGACAAUUGGCUGGUAAAUAGAAUAGUCCUUGUAAGUCACCAUGGUGUGCCAGUUCUAAAACAUAGCUUGUCUAUGGUAUCUAUAGGACAUAUUUUGGUUGACCAAGUGUCUUGACGAAGCCGCAGAGUUGCAGUUGCUUGAUCAUCAUGUCUGUCUGUCUGUCUGUCUGUCUGUCUGUCUGUCUGUCUGUCUGUCUGU